AUGGAUGUUGAAUGUAGUACGAAGUUAACUCAUUUAUUUUCAUGUAAUAAAUCGAUUUACAAAGAUGGUAUUGCUUAUUUUAUCUGUAGGGCUUGUCAAAUAGUUAUAGAAGAUAAAUUUUAUUUAUGUGUUCGUUCAAAAAUUUAUCAUGAAUCAUGUUUACAAUGUGCUAUCUGUCAAAUAACACUUAAUGAACAAUCAAAAUGUUUUUUAAAAGGUGUAGAUAUUUUAUGUUCAAAAGAUUAUUAUAAAUAUUUUAUUAAUAAAUGUUCGAAAUGUGAUCGUUUUAUUUAUCCAAAUGAUUGGAUUCGACGUGCAUGUGAAAAUAUUUAUCAUUUAACUUGUUUUGCAUGCUAUACAUGUGGACGACAAUUAUCAACAGAUGAAGAAUAUGCUUUAGACAAUGGUCAUAUUUUAUGUAAAAUUCAUGUUAUGGGAGUAAAUGAAAACAACUAUUAUGGUAAAUGUUUUCUUUUUCUUUUUAAAAAUUAUUUAAAUUUUGGAACAUUUUAUAAUGUAGCUAAUAAACAAAGUGAAACAAAACGAGUUCGAACAGCAUUUACAAUAGAACAAUUACAUACGUUACGAGCCAAUUUUCAAAUUGAUUCAAAUCCUGAUGGACAAAAUUUGGAAUGGAUUGCACAGACUGCAGGAUUAAGUAAACGAGUGACUCAAAUAUGGUUUCAAAAUACUCGGGCACGACAAAAGAAGGUACACGAUAAAAAACUUCAGCAAAAAACAAAUUAUAAACAAAAUAAACACAAGAAAAACAACAAUUCAAAUCUUAAUAAAAAUGAUGAUAGUGUGUUGUUUUUAUUUAGUCUGUAA